CACACAGUUGUUCCCUCUGUCAGCACUGCAAAUCCAUAUUCUCUAUGAUGAUGUUACACUUCCUAUAGGCAGUCACGACGGCCAUGUUGGAUCUUCAGUCUGCAGCUUCGAUCCCAAUCGUGUGAUCUUUUAUAAGGUUUACACCUUAUCUUGUAAACAGGGGUACAAGGGGAUUAUAGAGUUGUGUUGGUCUGUCCGGUGUUUUCCGGGAAGUGUGUUCGGGUGUGGACGCGGGUUGGACUGACCCACAGUCAGUGUCAGCAAGCUGUCACUGAUCCUGUGGCGACAAGUUGACUGCAAGCAGAUAAUCAACAUAGUCUGAGUCGGACAGCUUACACUGGUCAGUCUGACGACUUACAUCGGUCACCCAAGACUACAGUCUUAAUCAGUGUAUGGGUCAGCGCUGGCUAUAUAGUACAAUCGGGACUGACCAAUAAGUGGACAAUACACAAGACUCUGAUGCUCAAAAGUCUUAGAUAAAAGGUAGUGAUAGGGUAUUUUGGUCUAGAACUGUUCACUGACCGAUGAUAGCUGGAGGCUAUUUAUAGAUGUACACCUGAUAUUCCUGACCUAGGCUGUGAACUAGACUAUAUGGUGUGUGUUGUAGUACGGUUGGUGUUUUAAUACACCAGGUAAGCUUCAAGGUACAGAUGUACUAGGCUACCUCAAAGACAUUCUAGUUUUACCAACACCAUAUCGGUACUGUUCCACCUGUUGACCGAUCACAUACAACGUAAAAUCUGUGAUUGCUGAUUCAGCAGAUUUUGUCCUUGCGGAGCGAGACAGCAGAUUUUGUCCUUGCGGAGUGAGACAGCAGAUUGUAAACAGACAGAGAACUUGAGUGUAAGAAACGUAUUGCUGCUUCGGGAGGCUGAUAUGACGGCUGGUAGCUCACUUCAUACCUUUGUGUCAUACGUGUGUGUCAUACGUACAGGAUUGAUUUUUACCUGAACACUGGUAACGAUACCUCGUCAAUGGGAUCAGGGUGAUAUACUGUAGCAACAGACAGAAUUACCAUCGGAAUGUUUACUGCUGAUGAGACGUAUUAGCACUCAAUAUUAACAUUGUGCAUGUGACUCAUGAUUGGAUCUCACCUGACGUUGUGUGUUGUACCACUGGGGUAGUAAACAGCUGUGACGGUCGGGUGCGGCCAUACAUAGACACAGAUUUGGCUCCGAGAAUCUGCCUCCAUUUCUAUCACAUUAAAGAAGAGGUCCCAUACCAAAAUUCACGAUAGACUGGAAGUUUGGUUCACAGACUUUUGAAUCGAAUCAACUUGUCCAAACAUACAUUUCUGUGAUGCAAAGUUGCUUGGAUUAAGUUUAAUAAUUCAAAAAAAUAAUUGCAAGAUCAAAGAGUCAACACAUUUUUGACUGUUUUGCAGUAGCCGUACAUUCAGAUAAAUCUCAAGUUUGAUGAAAGACAUUCAGAACGAGUGAAGAAAUUCAGUUUGAUCAUUUCGUGAUUUCGAGACACUCGGAUAAAAGAAAAGGAUUGAGAGAGUUACUGGGAUGUUGGUACUUUAAACCACUGUACUGUAGGGGUUGUUGUGGUGGAUCUUACUGCUUGAGGCGGUGGUGUUUUUAAUCUGAAUGGACUGUAAGAUCUGUAACUGUUGUUGGGGCUAGAGGUUUUGGAGGGGGACUGGACUGUGAGAUCUGUAACUGUUGUUGGGGCUAGAGGUUUUGGAGGGGGACUGGACUGUGAGAUCUGUAACUGUUGUUGGGGCUAGAGGUUUUGGAGGGGGACUGGACUGUGAGAUCUGUAACUGUUGUUGGGGCUAGAGGUUUUGGAGGGGGACUGGACUGUGAGAUCUGUAACUGUUGUUGGGGCUAGAGGUUUUGGAGGGGGACUGGACUGUGAGAUCUGUAACUGUUGUUGGGGCUAGAGGUUUUGGAGGGGGACUGGACUGUGAGAUCUGUAACUGUUGUUGGGGCUAGAGGUUUUGGAGGGGGACUGGACUGUGAGAUCUGUAACUGUUGUUGGGGCUAGAGGUUUUGGAGGGGGACUGGACUGUGAGAUCUGUAACUGUUGUUGGGGCUAGAGGUUUUGGAGGGGGACUCAUGUCUGUACUAUGGUAGCUGUGAAGAUCCAGUCACAGGACCAGUAUAACCUGCUCGACAGUUCUUCAUCCAUUUCCUUGGGAUCAGGAGACUCCAAUAUAAGUCAGCCUUCGUCCGACAUUUCUCUAGACGAGGAACGAGAAGCCCUGCGGCGGGAGACAGUGCGGCAGGCAUUGGAUCAGCUGCAAAAGGCACGGUCCAAACCAGUGGCCUUCGCAGUUCGUACCAAUGUGGCUUACGAGGGUUCACAGGACAUGGAAUGCCCAGCCCAUGGGCAUUCAGUGUCUUUCGGUGUCAAAGAUUUUCUCCACAUAAAGGAGAAAUUCAACAAUGAAUGGUGGAUAGGAAGGCUGGUGAAGGAAGGCUGUGAUGUGGGCUUCAUACCCAGCCCUGCCAAGCUGGAGAAUCUGAAGGUACAGCCUAGCAGUAGUGGAGGCCGGCCCACCAAGGUCUACGCCAAUAAAACACCCUCAUCUUCCAAUAUAGAGAGUCUGUUGGGAACAGGUGGGACCGGUACAAACCCCUCGUCUAAUUCCCGUGGCUCCACCCCGCCCACGCCAGAUGUGGAAAAUGGCAUUGAGAGUACGAUGGGGGAAGACAGCGACAGCGUCGGCAACUCCAAGAUGGGCAAGAGUAGCGUCACACCUCCCUCGAAGGAAAAGAAGAAACCUUUCUUUAAGAAGUCUGAGAGUAUCCCGCCCUAUGAAGUAGUGCCUUCUAUGAGACCCGUGGUGUUGAUAGGGCCCUCACUAAAAGGUUAUGAAGUAACGGACAUGAUGCAGAAGGCCCUGUUUGACUUCCUCAAACACAGGUUUGAAGGGAGGAUUAUAAUCACGCAGGUAGCAGCAGAUAUAUCAUUAGCUAAGCGCCAUCCUUACAAUAAGCCAGGGAACCGGAUGCUUUCACCCAAGACGCCUGGUAUAGGUGAGGUGCAGUUUCAGAUAGAGCGGAUAUUUGACCUGGCGCGGUCACUUCAAUUGGUUGUGCUGGACUGUGACACUAUAAACCAUCCCUCUCAACUCACCAAGACCUCUCUAGCUCCUGUUAUUGUAUAUGUCAAAAUUGCAUCACCAAAGGUACUACAGCGAUUAAUCAAAUCCCGUGGGAAGUCCCAGAGCCGGAAUAUGAAUGUUCAGCUUGUGGCAGCAGAUAAACUAAACCAAUGUAGUCAGGAUAUGUUUGAUGUUGUACUGGAUGAGAACCAACUAGAAGAUGCCUGUGAGCAUCUGGCCGAGUUUCUGGAGGCAUACUGGCGGGCCACACAUCCUCCUAACAACACGCCUCAGUCGCCACGGCAACAUGGCCAGGGUCCUCCCUCGCCAAACCCGCUGUCGCGUCACAACACACUGCCGGCUCACAUGUCUUCUAACAGAGCGCACAGUAUGGACCGCAGGGAUUCGCCCGACCGACACCCGCGCGGAAGUCACCAUGAUUCGUAUGAUCACGGUGGAGGGCGUGAUAGACAUUCACAUGAUAAUGACGUCAGCCCAUCACAUGACAAACUUCAUCAUGAUCAUGAUCACGGAUCUGCUGACUAUGAUCGGGAUAGUGGUUACGAAAAGGCUGAUAGGAGAAGGGACUAUGUAGGUCAUAGUGACCGAGAGCCACGUGGUCAUAGUUAAGAUCACCGACGGGCUGAUCAUGGGUCACGCCCAUACGGUCGGGAACGCGACACAAUAGGCAGUAAAUAUGGCUCCUCUCCCAGAAACUCGAGUUAUCAACAACAAAUGAAACAAGCCAGUAUUGACAUCUAGUUCACACAGGGGUUGAGCACUGUCAGUAGGUGAUGGGCUCCAGCCACUUCGAUACUAACAAAUUGCGUUCUUCUGUUUGACAUCCCAGUAUGUAGUAGAACUAUUGAGUGAUAACCCAUCAAUGAUAAAAAUUGAUAAUUAUUGAGUGCAAUUGAUGAUGAAGAUGAUGUUGACCAUGACCUGCAACUUUUGACCCCACAACCUUUUUUCAGUUGAGAAUUUUUGAUCUUGUUUUCUAAUGUUGUGCAGACCUAGGUUGACUUGAGUGUUGAUGCUGAUGUAGGGGGAGCGUGUGUGUAGUGAUGAUCUUCAUCUAAUCUGCUGCGUGUCCGUGUAAAAGGAUAAUCAAAUGUUUGUAACUAUGGCGACGGUUCGUCAAGGAUUGUAGAGGUGAGAGCUGAUAAGACUUAGCCUUUGUUACUUAGCAACCAAAGUUUGUUACUCACGGUGGUAGCAAUAACACAACCCCUUCCAACCAAAAUACGGUGUCCACUUACUAUGAAUCAUGGUGGAAAAAGUCCAGUUACAGUUAGGGCUACAGAAUUUAUAUGUUAAUCUUUUCAUUGUCGAUUAUAGAGUUGUCUCCCCUAGUGGUGUAUGUGAUGGUAGUUAUGGUAGAGCCACUGUACUGCUGACUACGGUGAUUGAUAGCGGUAUUGUCAGGCAUGAGAGUCAAACAUUGCUUUACCUCUUUACGUCAAUUGGCCGAAACAAGUCAAACAUGACAUGUGUCACCUAAAAA